AUGAAGCAAUAUGGUCAGGAGGGUUAUGAGUCCCAUAGAGAGAUACCUGCCAGUGAAUCAAGUGGUGAGGACACAUCCUAUAAAACCUUCACAAGAACAGUGUUCAAAGUGCUGGGCGGUUUGCUGGUGGUGCUCUGUGUGUCCUCAUCCUUGGUGGGAACCACACAGUUGGUCCAGCUCACCUAUGAGUCUUUCCCAUGUCCUUUCUUCAUCUCCUGGUUCAGCAGUAACUGGAAUGUCUUCUUCUUUCCAUUAUAUUACUUUGGAUAUAUGUCAACCACACAGGAGAAACAGAGUCUGAUUCAGAAAUUCAGGGAGUGCAGCUGUGUUUUUGGAGAAGAGGGAAUGACUCUCAAACUGUUUGUAAAAAGGACAGCACCUUUCUCCAUCCUUUGGACACUAACAAACUAUCUUCAUCUGCUGGCCCUACACAAGCUAACAGCUACAGAUGCAUCAGCUUUAUACUGCUGUCACAAAGCUUUUGUUUUCCUGCUGUCCUGGAUGAUUCUCAAGGACCGUUUCAUGGGUAUAAGAAUUGUUGCUGCAAUUAUGUCCAUCACUGGCAUUGUUAUGAUGGCCUAUGCAGAUGGCUUCCAGGGUGAUUCUAUCCUUGGUGUGGCUUUAGCUGUGGGCUCUGCCUGCACCUUGGCACUCUAUAAGGUCCUGUUAAAGAUGUUCUUGGACAGUGGAAGACUUGGAGAGGCAACACAUUUCUUCUCUACAAUGGGAUUAUUUAAUUUCAUCUUCAUCUCUGGUGUGCCCCUGAUACUCUACCUCACUCAUGUGGAGCACUGUGGCUCUCUGUCGUCACUGCCCUGGGGAUACUUAUGUGGAAUAGCUGGUCUCUGGCUUGUCUUUAAUGUGUCAGUCAAUGUGGGGAUUUUUUUAACCUACCCCAUCCUUAUCUCCAUUGGCACCUUACUCAGUGUACCAGGCAAUGCAGCUGUUGAUGUGUUGAAGCACGAAGUCACCUUCAGUGUGGUGCGUCUAGUGGCCACUUGCAUUAUUUGUCUGGGGUUCCUGCUGCUGCUUCUGCCAGAAGAAUGGGACUCUCUUAUUUUGCACUUCCUGGCAACUCUUACUGAUAAGAAGUCUGAUGAUCAUGGAGAGGAGUUGACUGAGUCUAGGAUUCAUACGUGUACCUUUAGCCAGGCCAACGGUGCUGUCUCAAUUCCCUUGGCUUGA